ACUCUCUCCGGUGACUGUCUCUAUCUACCCACUGCGCACGUUAUAACCAUGCGCCUCCUCCUCCGCCAUUGACAACAACAGCAAUAAGAUCAAGCAAAUGAACCAGAGACCCAAAUCCAAAUCACCCCCCAGCUCUCAUCAUCAUCAACAACAACCCUACUCGAAUGUCAAAACCCUAACCCUAGCUUCCAAAAUGGCUCGCAAAUCCCUCAUCAAACCAACCCUAGCCACUGUCUUCCUACUCCUCUCUUGCUACGUCCUUUUCAUCACCUUCCUCUCCCCAACCGACCCACUCUUCGAUUCCCGAGAAAAACUUUCCAAUGACCUCAAUUUUCCCGGAAACUCACCCCCCGUCAAGGUCUACAUGUACGAUUUGCCGAGAAAGUUCACCUACGGGGUCAUCGAGAGCUACGCGAAAGCUCGGGGAGGUGGUGAUGUGAAGGAAUUGAAGUACCCGGGGAAUCAACACUCUGCGGAGUGGUACUUGUUCGAUGAUUUGAAUCGAGAGGACCGAUCUGGAUCGCCUGUGAUUAGGGUUUUGGAUCCUGAAUUGGCUGAUUUGUUCUACGUGCCUUUUUUCUCGUCGUUGAGCUUGGUGGCGAACCCGAUUCGACCCGGGAGUGUUGGUGUUGUUGGGGAUGAAGCUUCGGUUUAUAGUGAUGAGGAGAUGCAGGAGGGUUUGAUUGAGUGGUUGGAGGAGCAGGUGUAUUGGAAGAGGAAGAAUGGUUGGGACCAUGUGAUUAUUUGUCAGGAUCCUAAUGCUUUGUAUAAGGUUGUUGAUAAGGUGAAGAAUGGGGUGUUGCUUGUUUCGGAUUUCGGGCGGUUGGGGCGCGAUCAGGCGUCGUUGGUGAAAGAUGUGAUCUUGCCCUAUUCGCAUCGGAUUAGAACAUUUGAUGGGGAUGUUGGUGUCCAGUCCCGGAAAUCGCUGUUGUUCUUUAUGGGGAAUCGGUAUCGAAAAGAGGGUGGGAAAAUUCGUGACUUGCUUUUUCAAUUGCUUGAGAAAGAAAAAGAUGUCAUUAUAAAACAUGGCGCACAGUCCAGAGAGAGUCGGCGUGAGGCUUCGCAAGGGAUGCAUACAUCAAAGUUCUGUCUACAUCCUGCCGGUGAUACUCCGUCGGCCUGUCGUCUCUUUGAUGCUAUCGUUAGCUUGUGUGUUCCAGUUAUAAUCAGCGACUAUAUUGAGUUGCCUUUUGAGGACGUCAUAGAUUAUAGAAAAAUCGCAGUUUUUGUGGACUCGACCUCAGCUGUAAAGCCGGGGUACUUAAUUAAAUUGCUUAGGAGAGUAAGCACGGAGAGAAUUCUGGAAUUCCAGCUGGAGCUGAAAAAGGUUAAGCGAUACUUCGAGUAUGAGGAUCCUAAUGGAACAGUGAACGAAAUCUGGCGUCAAGUGUCUCUAAAACUACCACUUGUCAAACUGAUGAUCAACCGCGACAAACGUCUAGUGAAGAGGGGCUUGCCCGAACCAGACUGCUCUUGUCUCUGUUCAAACCAGUCAAGGAUCCAUAACACAUUAUGACACUGUCUUUAUGGAGAUUUCAUGGUGUUUUUUUUUAAUACGUCAUCUGCAGAAAGGGUUGAUCGGGGCAGCAUAUAUUGUUUAUGAUGAAGCUGGAGAUAUUCAAUCCAGCCCUGCAAUCUACAUUUUUUCAUUCAUUAACUGGAGACCAUUGGGGGUGGUAUUGCAAUCCAUGAUAGAAUAAGGACCUGUUUUAUAAAACAAGGUGGUUGUCGAUAUAGAGUUCCCUUAGCUUUUACCAAAAUGUAUUUUUAGUACUCGGUGGAACUGAUAGGCCAGUUUCUUGUAACCAUAGGGCAGUGUAAGAGAUCUGAGCUAUUUGUUUAAUUUUGUUUCGGAUAAAAUCAUUCUCUCUUUCUCCUUUAAGAUAUCAUCAGGCUUGUCAAGGGUUGUUUUA